UUUUUUCAUUAUCAUAUAACUGAAUUAGAAAGUUACAAAAACGUGUGAUACUUUUAAGAAACAUUUACCUAUAAUUAUUAUAUGAAAUUAAAUGAAUACUUAUAUAGAUAUACAAAUCUGGAAAACAAUUAUCAUUGCUUCCAUUUCAGCUUCUUUACGAAUUCUAAAUUAUGAUACACAUUACACGUAACUUAGUCACGUAACACGUAUCCCACGUAAACCACGUAUAAACACGUGAUUAUCGUGAUUUUAUAUAUAUACGUGAUUCUCGCAGUAUUUUUAAAUAACCAAUCGUGGUUAAUCAUUGAUGAUCUGUUAUUAUGGUGCCUCAAUGACUUCAAUGAGAUCAUUAAGUUGCCACGAAAAAAACGGCACAAGCAUCACAAGCGUUACAAGCUAUCACAAGCAUAACAAGCAUAACACGCGAAAAAAAUUAAUAUAUCAUAAUUGUAACUUAGGUUAUGUACAUUACAUGCAUGACAUAUUAACAUACAUUUAGGAUGGAUUCCAUGCUUAUACAGAAAUUUUUAAGCAUAAAAAAAUAUUAACAAAUAAUCGAAAUAAUUUUAAAUAACCUUAUUUGUAUAUUUGUAAGAAAAAAAUAAAAAAAUCUCUUAUUAUGAUACACAUUCUUUAUAAUCUACAUAUUCUAAAAUGUACAAAAAUUACAAAAAUUUUAAAUAACCUUCCAAAUCUUCUAAUUACAUUCUUUAUUUUUCAUAU